UUGGAAGACGUGAGCCGGAAAUGUAACACUGGACUCCACUUAACAAGCUGCUGCGCCUCAAUGUGGAGACCAGACCGGCAUGAUUUACACAACGAGGCAGGGGUAACGAUAAUGUCUUUUAGGAAUGACGUGUUUUACCGUGACGCUGAGCAGGAACACGAGUGUCGUGCUUUACGCACAGGCCUCUCUGUGCGUAAAUGGUUUUCCACUUGAGCCACACGAGGAGGCGGCGGUGCUUGUGUGAGAGGCGCUCGUGAGUGUGAGUGGGUGGGUGAGUGGCUUGCAGGGGGGAUUGGAGAGCGCAACCAAAGGAGGCGGACCUUCUGCAACCCCCACAGUUUGGGCUGCAACGUGCUUCACAAUGCCGACCAUUUCUCAAGUAUUGCUCGCCGCUAUCGAGGCGAGCGACCCUUGUGCGUAAAACUCCCAAACGCAUUUUAAUAUCGACACUGAGGAGGACAAGUUUUUCUCCGUCACGCGCCUGAGGAAUUAAUCCUGCCAAUUUUUACAUUUGAAUCUUUUUUGAGACACAGAAUUUUGCUGACAACAAAUAAUCCACCGAGCAUCCGUGACACCUUUCACGAUGGAUCAAGCUCAGUCCGAGAUGAAUAUCUUAGCCAAUGGCAAAAGUUACAACCUCGGCGAUGAUGUUGACGUACCAAUGAAGACGUCGCUCGAUGAUGAUCAAUUCGAUGACCCCGAUGGAGGAAUGGAGAAUGAGGAAUUUUUGCCUGGUGCGGAUGGAAAGAAACCGGUCCGAUUCACAGAUUUUGAAGGGAAAACCUCCUUUGGUAUGUCCGUCUUCAACCUGGGUAAUGCCAUUAUGGGAAGUGGAAUUCUGGGACUGGCUUAUGCCAUGGCCAACACUGGCAUACUCCUCUUCUUGUUUCUUCUAACUGCAGUGGCUGCCUUGUCAUCUUAUUCCAUUCAUCUGCUUCUCAAAUCCUCUGGCAUCGUGGGAAUUCGGGCUUACGAACAACUGGGCUUCAGGGCCUUUGGCACUCCUGGCAAAAUGGCUGCCGGUAUUGCAAUCACUCUGCAGAACAUAGGAGCCAUGUCCAGCUACUUGUACAUUGUGAAGUCCGAGUUACCUCUGGUCAUCCAAGCAUUCUUGAAGGCUGACCCUAACGCAGAUCUUUGGUACUUGAAUGGCAACUACCUGGUCAUCAUGGUCUCCGCCAGUGUCAUUCUGCCCCUGGCCCUGAUGAAGCAGCUGGGUUACCUUGGCUAUACCAGCGGAUUUUCUCUCAGCUGCAUGGUGUUCUUCCUCACUGCGGUCAUCUACAAGAAGUUCCAAAUUCCGUGCCACUUUGAGGAGUUCAACUCGCUCAACACCACGGCCCCCCCCAGCCUGAACGUGUCAAACCACGUUGGCGAUCACCUCCUGACUCGCGAAGAGGAAGACGCCCUUUGCGCGCCGCGCAUGUUCACCCUCAACUCACAGACAGCCUACACCAUCCCCAUCUUGGCUUUCGCCUUUGUUUGCCACCCUGAGGUCCUCCCCAUUUACACUGAGCUCCGCAACCCCACUAAAAAGAAGAUGCAGAAGGUGUCCAACAUCUCCAUCUUUGUCAUGUACACCAUGUACUUUCUGGCAGCUCUCUUUGGCUACCUAACCUUCUAUGGCAACGUGGAGCCAGAAUUGCUUCACACUUACAGCCGCAUUGAUCCUUACGACACUUUGAUCCUGUGCGUGCGUGUGGCUGUCCUCACCGCCGUCACACUCACCGUCCCCAUCGUGCUCUUCCCCGUGCGCAGAGCCAUUCAGCAGAUGUUGUUCCCCACCAAGGCUUUCAGCUGGCUGCGUCACAUCGCCAUCGCUCUAGUCCUACUCAUUCUAAUCAACAUGCUGGUCAUUUUUGCCCCCAACAUUCUGGGCAUCUUCGGAAUCAUCGGUGCCACGUCUGCUCCUUGCCUUAUUUUCAUCUUCCCCGCUGUCUUCUACAUCCGCAUUGUUCCCAAAGAAAGCGAACCCAUGAGCUCUCUUCCCAAGAUCCUGGCCGCCUGCUUUGCCGCCUUGGGUGUCUCUUUCAUGAUAAUGAGUCUCACCUUCAUAAUAAUCGACUGGACGUCGGGAAGUGGCAGUGCCGGCGGGGGCCACUAGAACCUGCGUGAGUGUGUUCAGAGACGGAGGAGCAACGAGAAUUAAGAGCUAGCACGUAAACAUGGCAAGCAAAAUGUCACAUUUGUAUUGACGGAGCUGAAAUAACGUUUUACUGCAAUGUUAUUUAUACACAUACAUUCACUGGCCACCCGAUUAGGCACACCUGAAAAUGCGCAGGGAUGGGAGGAAAACUACAAUGCGUCACAUUAACGGAAGUUUUCACACACCCUAGUUGGAUCCAGGGCACUUCCCCGCAAAUAUUAUUGUACACAUAUUUUUAAAUGAUCACCUCUUUUACUUUUAUUAUCCUUGCCAAUGCAAAUAUUUUGCCACAGAUCUAAUUUGACUGUGGCCACUGAGUGUACCAGAGCAGAAAUAAUGCUCUUUAAUUUCAAGAAUUAACUCAUGCAGCAAUCAGCUUUGCGCUGAUCUAGCCAUGUUACCCACAAACAACGGCAGCCGGUACUGUAAAAACAAACUUUGUAUACAUUUCUAAAGUGUUUAAUUAAAAAAAAAAGAAAAGGCUAAGUUAUUCUCUCGCGCUCAAGUCAAGGAAAGACAUUCAAACAGUAGUGUCUACUGUCCAUUUUAUAGAACUGCUGUCUUUUUAAAUUCAAAAGAACUGUAUUUAACUACUCGUCAAGUUAUAUGCUCAGAAACAUUAUGUAUGAUUUAGUUUUGAUUAAUCUUAACAAACAAACAAACUAACACACACACAUAUAUAUAUAUAUAUAUAUAUAUUUUUUUUUUUUUUAACUUUAACAACUGCUCAUCACUCUAUAUAUAUCUAUGAUUACACAACUACCUGUGACCUUAUACUGCAUAGACAGUUCUGGACAAAUUUCUUUAUUACCCGAGCCAAAUUUUGAGUUUAAUGUGAAAUCUUAAAAUGUUUAAUCUUUUAAGUGGGAGUGAUAUAAGAAAAUGCCAAACGACCCUAAGAUGCAAAGAAAAAAAAACCCAAGAUGUCCAAAGUUUUUUAGAGUCAACUAAUGUCUUCUACGGUAGUUGCUUUACGGUUUGUACUUUUUUUAUGCUGUCUACAGACAAACAGAUAUUGUAGUUGUUCAUACUAAGGAUGUCCUCGUGAGGAUAAGCGGAUUAGAAAACUUUUCAUUUUUGAGGGAGAUCACUUUCUUGUUUCAUUUACAGCUCAAAGACGAAUUCAACUACCGGUACUAUCAAAAAAAUGUAAUGACUGACGGUCUGAGUCAUGGUCUUAACUUUGACUCAAAUAUCCUACUAUUCACAAGAUAGUCCCUUUUAUGACCUCUAAAAUAAGCAUUUUGAUCUCUCAGAUGUGAUAUGUGAUAAAUCAGAGACAUUUUUUAAGGGAAGGAUGAGUGAAUGACAAAAGCAUCACUUAAGCGAGCACGUGUCUGCUAAUAGUCUUGAUUUGUUGUUGAUGCAGUGGUGUCAGAUACAUUUCAAUCAAAAUUCCAUUGCUUGUCUCUUGAAGUGAAAUCCUUUCCACAAUAGAGUGGCUGCCUUUCCAGCAGCCCCUAUAUUUUGUUCUUCUACUUCUUCCUUUCAUAACUUUGCUGCUGGGAAUUGGGAAUUUCUCCAUUGCGAGACUAAUAAAGGUGCUCUUAUCUUAUCAUCUGUUCAUCUCAAACGUAAUUAAUUUAGGGUUGUGGAUCAUGUUAUCAUUGGGGUGACAUCGCGCUAACAACAUGCAUAUACUGUAUGGGCUGCUUUUGCUGUUUGGAGUUGUCUUUUUUUUUGUAUGUUUGUUUUUGAUGAGAAUACAGUACAGACAAUAUAGUUUCAAGUGUAAAUGAAGAAAGCAAAUGAAUGCAUAUCAUUUUUGUAAAGAUCUAUUUUGCACCCCAAGAUAUACCGCUUGUGUCCAAAAAGGACUUUAUAUUCAGAUGCCAGAUUUUAUUUAUGUAUAUCAAAUCUAUUAUUUUUAGCUCUAGCCAUUUAGAUUCAUGCUAUGAAGAUAUUUUCACAAAUCAAUUUUGAACAACUCAAGGAAAUCAUUGUCUGUCCCUUACAAUGUAUUUUCAGUGUUUGAGUUCAGCCCUGUAUUGUGGAUGAGAGUUCUUUAUUUGAAGGGACAAAACCAAAACGACAACAAACUACCUACCGCUUGAAAAAAAAAACAAUGCCUUUAGCCUUUGAACACAGAAAUGCUACAAGGUCGGUGAAUAGAAAAUGUCAAACAUGCAAUUCCUGUUCCUAAAUAUGUUUUUGUAGCUGACGUUACAAUACUCUCGUCUCUGGAAGUGACACAUAGUUUCUGAAUAGCUUUUGGCGAUUGAGACUUGGCUUUAUAUUGAUGAUGUGUAUACAUGUAAACAUUUUCUAUUUGUGAGGCAUACUGCAUUUGCCAAAUUAAAGUGUAAAGUGUAAAUAGCAGGCUUUAGUUUGACAAUAAAAUAUAAUGGUUAA